AUGGGCGGCAGCACCCCGCGCGUCUUCAUCGUCCGCCACGGCGAGACGGAGUGGUCCCUCAGCGGCAAGCACACGGGCCGCACCGACAUCCCCCUCACCGCCGACGGCGAGAAGCGCGUCCGCGCCACCGGCAAGGCCCUUGUCGGCGACGACCGCCUCAUUGUCCCCAAGAAGCUCGUCCACAUCUACGUCUCCCCCCGGAAGCGCGCCCAGCGCACCUUUGAGCUCCUCAACCUCGGCGUCGAGGACCCCCUCCCCUGGGCGGCCCACGGCUCGCAAGACCCGGGCUCCCUCGUCUGCGGCGCCCGCGUCGAGGUCACCGACGACAUCCGCGAGUGGGACUACGGCGACUACGAGGGCGUCACGAGCCCCGAGAUCCGCCGCCGCCGCGCCGAGCAGGGCCGCGACCCCAACUGGGACAUUUGGCGCGACGGCUGCCCCGGCGGAGAGAGCCCCGAGCAGGUCACGGAGCGCCUCGACCGCCUCAUCGCCGAGAUCCGCCGCAAGUGGAACGAGCCCGCCAUGGGCACCGGCAAGCACGGCGACGUCCUCCUCGUCGCCCACGGACACAUCCUCCGCGCCUUCGCCAUGCGCUGGGCCGGCAAGACGCUGCAGGACGGGCCGGCCUUUCUGCUCGAGGCCGGCGGUGUCGGCACCCUGAGCUACGAGCAUCACAACAUCGAGGAGCCGGCGAUAUUGCUCGGCGGAGCGUUCGUCGUGGACAUGGCACCGCAGGGGAACCUGUAA